CCUAUAUUUUGUUUUUGGUAGGUCCUAUUGUUUUGCCAACUACCCAGGCCUUCGGCGCAUUUCAGGCAUAAAAGUGAACUGAGCCAGAAAAACGUUUCCUCAAUGGAAAGACUUCUUGAAACGGUUCCUAUUGUCGAUUGGGGGGGGCGGCGCCUGCUAGAGGCGGUGCACACACACGAAUGCUGUCACAUACUAAGGCAUGUACCGGAUACCGGGUUUACUACCUUCGAAGACACCACCGAGUACGGAAUAAGCACGCAUAUCCAGAAUGAACUCUGGGAAAGGGAAGCUAAGAGGCUGUACGAUGCUGUUGUUACCGAUGCUCCGCUACAGUUUGUUGGUUCCGGCAAUUUCAAUUCUCACACAAAGGCAUCAUACCAGAGCCUCGCUACCUUAGUAGAUCAAGUAUGGUAUGCUAUGCAUAUCGCAUUGCACGAUGGCGAAAGUGCCCUAGCCAGGCACAACCCUAGCCUACACAAUCCCCGUACCUUGAAGUCGAGUCGCAAAGUCCUUGAACAAUGUGAAAAUGAAAGUAACGAGAAUUUAGUGCCGGACUUAGCUCGGGAAGACUUCUUCAACUUCGUAGAGUAUUGUACCAAUAUCAUAGCGCGUGUGUUAUACUAUGCGAUAGAUGCGGACUCAUUACGCAUUGAAAUUCUUAUACAUUUAGCUAAGAUUACGAUCAAGCUAAAAAUUGUAUCAGAAAAGCUACGGGAAUACUCGCAAAUGUCCAUUGACAACGGCUACAACCCCCCUUCUGAUCCUAAUGGCCCCCGAGGAAAGGAGGACCACAACAGCGAAGGUCCCGAUUCGGGAUUUCUUGACGACUCGAUUCUAAAGCCACUGAGGUAUUUGCAAAACGCGGCCGAUGCCGGGGGGCUGUACUCCCUACAGUGCGCAAAAUAUCGUGCUGGGAUUUUCCAGGUGUUCCGCUCUCUGAUUAAUCCACUACGAAGAAACAAUACACUCCAGAGAACUAACGACACGUCGUAUCGAAUAUAUUCAACACUCUACGAAACCAAGGUUGACCAAUGUUACAUAGGCAUCUAUCGAGAUCAAAAUAGUGACAUCAUGGGUGCUUCCUACGAUUCGAGAAUUUAUUAUAUCAACUACUUAUUCCACAUACUCACUAGGACUGUUAAUGGGGUCCGUGAUAGGGCCCCCAUGAACGAUCGGCACUUCGACGAUCCAUCAUUCGACACACAGAUCUUAUGGAGUCAUCGUGGUAGCUUUAACGGAAUAGCCGCGCCCAUGACAAUCAGACAUAUCAUCACAAUCAUGAUCCCAUUAAUUAUGACGAGCCCAAAGGUUAUCUUCAACAUAGAAGCCGUCCUUGGGAUGAUUUUAUCCACUAAAAUUCUUGUUGGAGGCCGGCACAGUUCAAUGACGCGCCACCGAGCCGUGGAAUUCCUCUGUUUAACCACAGAAGAUCAUAACCUCCCACACUCCGAACAUGUUAGCCGGUUUGGCCACGAUAGUGAUGAUUGGAAUGGAUCACGUAUUCCACGAGAACACCUCGCGGAACGCAAUAUCACUCAGAAGAUGGAAGCAUGGGUAUUCGAGGAAAAAGGAGUAAUGGUGAAAUGUAAAGUUUAUGUCUGCAUUCUCAUGUCUCUCUGUGGACUGCUUGUUGUUGGGAGCGUGGUGGCAGGGGUAACAAUUGGGCAGCGCAUUUCCGGGGUGGACCCAUUCAACAUUACAACAUACUGCUGGGCUCUUGCUGCCUUUUUGCUUCUCAUUGCCAAGAAUUAUCGCGUUAAAGAUUGGCCAUGGAACGAUUUCCUCCAUGGGCGCGUGUUAUGCAGGAGUGUCUCCGAGCUCUCAUCCAUCACCGGAAUCGAUGAGCAACUCGUCUUAACCAAACUGCUACAGAAUGAGUCCGCUUCUAUACUUAACACUCGUGGGCCCUAUAACACUGCCUUCCGUCACAAAUCAGAAGACGGUUUGUCUAUCGAUAGACCCCUCAGCAUAUGGAACAUGCUGCUUAGUGGGUUGAUCAUGGUUGAAGUCGAGACUCAUUUAGGUGGACGUGGGCUCGUUAGCCUAGAUCUUCGCGGGGGUGCCAGGUAUGGUUCGAUUCAGAACCUUGGAAGUUCGAACUUUACAAGUGGAACUGAAUUUCUGCAUUGCAAAGAAUUAACUUCGCCUAUGUUCGACCCUGAUUAUUCUAACAGAAUAAAAUUAGAGAAAGGGAACAUGUCUUGGACGCGUCUAAUUGGAAUUUUUCCAGAUAAGUAUGCCAGGUUCGAAUUUAUCUAGGGGUCUUAUGUUGGUCUUAUUUAAGAAUUAGUUUGAUAAUGCAAUCAUGAUAUCGGGCGCAGUACCUACCUAGGUACCUAGGCACUUGGGGCAAUACAAGUAGCCCGAGGUGUAUUCCUGAACUUCUAGGUAGAAGUAUAGUUGGAUAUUAACUUGUUGAAUUUGAGUCAGCAUAGCCGAACAAGCCGAAUGAUAAGAACAAGUCCGAAAUCCUGGUAGACUAGCUCUUAGACCACGAAUGAUCUGCCUAGUUCUGCUAGAAUGAACGUCAUUUUAUGGCUUGAUCCGGACUCCGAAGAUGCCCCCACCCAAUCUCCCUAGCAAUUUUCAGGGAGAUCCAGCAUACUGAUAAGCGUAUAUGGCCUCUGAUUGGACCCGUUCCGGUGGACAAAGGGAUAUCUCAUCGACCCACGAGAUAUUCCCACUACCUUAGAAUUUGCAGGUUAUCUGCACCCGCCCCUGGGAGUCCCCGAUGCUAGCGUAGCUA